CUCGGGCGUCAGCCAGUCCUCAGGAAUCGGCCAGUCCUCACGCUGCGGGAAGUCCUCGGGCAUCGGCUAGCCCUCGGACGGCAGCGAGUCCUCGAGGGGCGGCCAGUCCACGGGCUGUAGCUAGUCCGCGGGCAGGGGCAGUUCCUCGGGCGGCUCCUCGAGCAGCAGCAGUUCCUCGGCCGGUUCUUCGGCCAAGUCGGGUGGUUCCUCGGGCAGCUGAGAUUCCACUCCCAGUUCCUUCGCAGGUGGCCAGUUUGCCGGUGGUGAGCUCGAGAACCAGCAUGGAUAAGAAGGACGAUCUUUUCUGGGCCCAGGCACGCCGGCGCAGGAAGAAGAUGCGUGUCCAGGCACCAGCAGCGCAGACACCUGCGGGGCAGACACCCCCGGUGCACACCACCUCGCGGCACACGCCCCCGGUGCAGACCACCUCGCGGCACACGCCGUCGGUGCAGACCACCUCGCGGCACACGCCCUCGGUGCAGACACCCCCGCUGCACACACCCCUGGCGCAGACACCCCCAGGGCAGUCGGUGCAGCCUCUGGCGCUACCAGGAACUGAAAGUUCAGCCACAAGGUCAAUUAAACGGUCCCCUGCACGGGUCCAGCCAGCGUCGCGGGCCCAGUCAGCACCACGGCUCCAGCCAGCCUCCCGGCCCCAGCCGGCGUCCAGGCCCCUUUUAGCGUCCCGGUCCCAGACAGCCUCCGGGACCCAGACAGGGACCCAGGCAGCCUCCCGGGCCCUGGUGGUGGUAUCCCGGCCUCAGACAGUCUCCCGGGCCCAGCCAGUAUCCAGGCCACAGUCAGCCUCCGGAUCCCAGACAGCGUCCCGGGCCCAAUCAGCCUCCCGGGCUCAGUCCAGGGAUCCCCUGCUAGAAGAGACUAGGGGCGGCAGUGUGGUGCCCUGGCGCAGCAAGGCGGAGUGGGACCAGGUGAUGGUCUACCUCUUCUGCUCUGACACCAAGCUGCAGAAGUACGCACUAGACCGAGUGACCGCCUGGAAGAGCCGCUGUGGCAAUAACCUCCCGCUUGCUGUGGCCUGCACAGCUGACCUGGUGAGAUGCAAAGUUAUGGAUGAGAACAACACUGUGGGCUCCCAAGAACUUGUCUUUCUUUAUGGCAUGGCAUUGGUCAGGUUUGUGAAUCUUAUAACCGAGCCAAAGCAAAAACUGAUCAAUAUUCCUCUGAGACGCCUGGCACAUGAGAUGCACAUCCCAGAGUGGAUCGUGAACCUUCGUCAUGAUUUCACACACAGGAAACUUCCCAGGUUGAAUACUUGUCGAAGAGGUUGUGACUUUGUCUUAGACUGGCUUCGCCGUACCUAUUGGUGCCGCCAAUUAGGGAGUGACCUGGUUGAGCCCUGGGGUUCAGAGAUGGAUUUCCAGGAGGCAGAAAUGGAGGGGGAAGAGCCUGCGGUGGUGCAGCCUGAAGUGGAGGAUCUACUUUCUAAAGAGGCCAGGAAAGAAAGAGAACUAUAUGAGAAAAUCCGGAGAGUGCUAGUCUCCUACGAAGAAGAGCAAUUUAAGGUGCUCAGAGAGCUAAGGCAGCUGCCUAAGGCCAUCAAGGCUUGGGCAAACUCAUCCACAGAGGUGGAAUGGAUGGUGUCAAAAAUGAAGAAGUUGACACAGGACAAUGGGCCACUUGUGGUGAACAUCUUGCUAAGUGAUGGUUUCCUCAUUCCUACUGCAGAGCAGCUGGAAGCUUUGCAGAUUCAAGCAGCAAGAUCCAUGAAUCUAAGCAACCUUGUGUUGCCCCGGUGCUUUUCCCACUUCUGGCAGCCCCUUUUGAAGGGCUUAGAAUCCCAGCCAUUCACCCAGGCUCUCCUGGAAAAGAUGUUCACGGUGCUUCCAGAAAUUGGAGACACAGGCAUCCGGCCAGCCUACCUCAUCAGUUGGAUCAGCGAACUGCUAGUGGUCUACGGCCCCCGUGGGGAACACUUCACUUCUGGCCAGCGUGCCAUCCGGAAAACAUGGAAGAUUGUGUGCCACAACUUCUCCUUGAAUUGGUCUCAGCUGCUUGACGUCUGUCUGGAUUGUGCCUGCUGGGCCACUCCCCCCAUCCUCCAGCUCGUCCUCAAGACCAUGGAACCAGCCUUUCCUCUAGACACCCAAGAGAAGCUUAUGUGUCUCUGUACCAUCUACACCCAGGGUGGGAACCCUAACUCCAGACCUAGGUCCAGGGAAGAGUCUGUGCCUUUGAGGAGGCCGGUUUACACUCUGGAAGAUCUGCAGUGGCAGGUGAAGCAGUCCAUGAUGAUUGAUCGGCAGAGGGGUUACAAAGCAGCAGAGGAGGAGGAGGCAGAGACUGAGAUGGCAGAUCUUUCUUCCAAGACAGAGGAAGAGUUGAAGGUUAAGCGGGAGCCGGUGCGGAAAGCCCUUAUGAGGGAGAGACCUGAGGUUCUAGCCGAAAAGCAGGCUGCGUUGAAGGGCUCUGCAUGGCAGCUUUGCACGGACGAUAUAGACUGGAGUAAAUAUCCCUUGGGCAGCGUUCCGGGCCAGACAGAUGACCCCAAUGAGCUCAUGCUGGACAAUUACACAAUGAUGCCUGUUGUGGACCAACCUGCAAUCCAGGAAAAUGAUGAUUUUCCCCCUGCAGCAACAUAUGAUUCCACAGGAACCCCCAACAGGGAAGGCUUACUGUGGACCCAGAGUGAACUACACCGCAUUAAAAGCAACCUUAAGUUCUUCUAACUUUAGGUUGGGAUGGGUGGUCCCUUCUCCCUUGUGCAGAUACUACCCCUUUUUCCUCCACAAGUACUGGAAACCAAGGUCUUUUACCCCCUUCCCCCCUCCUCCAGUGGAUUUUGGUGUAGCAUCACAGAUGCCAUCUAGUAUUCCUGAGCCUUUCCUACAUGGUACCUAGCCUGAGGUCUCCCUUUAGACCUCAGGCAACAGCCAAACCCCAACUGGUUAAUCCUGGUGACCCCUCACCACCCCAGAGCAAAUAUCAUCCUGGCUCUGGUUGCUGGCACUGAACUAUGACUAGUGCCAACCACUUAGAUAAAAAAUUAAACUUCUGAUCCAGAGGAAAAACAAAGGAAGCUCAAAGUCAUACAAAUAUUUUAACUCAUUUAAAACAAAUUUGUCACUCAAAAAAGAGUUUUCCAGCCCUCUGGAGCCACCACUCUAUUAUUGACAAGCCCCCGCCCCCAGCUCCCUUCUUUUUUCUCUCUUUUGCUUUUUAGUAAUCCUGGCUUCCUCCUAAAGGCACCUCUACUGAUGGUAGCUCCUUUCCUAAUAUCAUCUCCACCCACCCACCCACUCCCACCCCCCUAAUCAGCAUAGCCUUACUCUCUAAUGCCACUUUGAUAAUUUCCAUAUUUUAUCACUAAGAAUCUUUUCUUUAAAAUUCAAUCCAUUUUUUCUUAUCAUUUCUUAUCAUAUUUACCCAAAUUCUCAUUGCUGUAAUCUGCUGAUCUCCCAGCGUUUGGGGAGGAACUUUACAACUUUCUCCAUUUCCUAUUUUUUUUAAUUGAUUUUUAUUUUCAAUUCUGAAUUCUCUACCUCCUCCAUUAC